UAGCAGAGUGAGAAGAGGAAUGACUUUUGAAAUUGAUGACUGCAAAUUUCAACUUAAAGCAAUGACAAGUCCAGACUAUCAGCCAUUAGUAGAUAAUAAAAGAAUAAUAGAGAAAUUACAAGAAAGAAUAACAUUAAUGAAUAUUGAACUAAUGACUGUAAGAGAACACAAGGAGAGGAUUAUAAAAAAUAGAAAAGCUUUGAAAGAGACUGAGGAGAAGAGACGGAGAGAAAAGAAGCGAAAAAUUAAAAAAGAAAUGUGUUUGAUUUAUUUAUCUUGCAAUGAUCCUGUUACUGGUAAAUUAACAAGCUCAUUUCUUAAUGUACAUAAAGAUGAAUUACUACCCAGUGUACUGGAUAAAGCUUAUGAGUUAAUGGAAUUAGCUCCUCAUAUUCCUAUUGAGAGAUGUCGUUUAGUUAAAUAUAAUAUUAAAGAUGAAGUAAUGGAUCAAUCCCUUGAUCUUGAUGAGUUUCAGCAUCAAACUAUUGGACAAAUUGCAGGCGGAGCUAGAGUUCAUUCUUCUUUUAAAUUAUUCUUAGAAACUCGCAAAGAAAAUGAAACUUUUAAAAAAUACAGUCAUGGAGGUAUUAAUCUAGAGGUAUCAGUGGUUGAUCUAACAACUGGUGAAGUAGGACCAGCUAAACCAAUGAGAGGUGAAGAAGGUUGGACUGUUGAAGAAUUAAAACAACAUAUAGGAGAAUUAUUUAAUAUCAGUUUAUCAUGUAUGAGAAUAGUACUGAAGGAGAAGGAUUACCAAGGUGAUUUGACCCAGGAUAUUAGUCAUGUAAGAAGUACUUUGAAGAAUAUACUGUCUAGAGGAUAUAGACAGUAUGAAAAGGCACACACAGACACACUUUUUUCUCAGUUCUAUGUAUCAUCAGAUCCUGAAGAUUGUCAAAAAGAAUUUAAAGAUAGUUUAAUGUACAGAUAUGUUGAGUCUCACGUCAAAUGGAUCAUACAACUGAACAUUACAAUACCUCCUGGACCUGAAGCCACACCCACUACAACUAACGUAACUAAAGGAAAAAUAAUAAUGAAAAUUAUAUCAAUAAAUGAAGAAAUACUGGUACUAGUUGAUAAGAGAAUAACAUUAGCUCAAUUGAAGGAGGAGCUAGUUCCACUGAUUGGUGUACCACCUACUGGUUUUAGAGUGUGUAGAAUUGGUGGUAGGUAUGGAGAAUAUGAAAUGGAGGAACUGGAUAAGACAUUUGAGGAUGUUAAGUCUGGAUCAAAGUUGAUAGUAAGACUGGGUAGAGCAUUAAGAAGAGGAGAGAAAAGAAUUAAAUUAUAUUUAAUACAAGUUAACAACACAGAGUUUUGUAAGUUUAUGAUGGAUACUGGUUAUGCUAAGGGUACACCAGUGAGAGAACUUAAGAAACAAAUUAUUGAAGAAGCAAAAGUACAAGGAAUUGACUGUGUCCUUGAAUUAGACAAAAUGAGAUUACGUGACAAGAGGGGAGUGUCUCCUGGUAGUGUAUAUCUUGAUCAUGAGAGGAUCGAUGAUGCUAGGUUUGAUGAUACUAUAAUAGGGAAAUACAUGUAUAUUUGGAACCAUUGA